AUGAUGUUUGUACCUAUAUUUGAGCUUUUAGUACUCUCUGCUGUUGGGCUAGCCCAAGAUACUGCCGCCCCAGUCCCCACAACGAGUGGGCUCACCCAAGAUGCACCUCAAGUCUCAUCUAGCGGUGUUACGAAUGUACCGCAAGUUUCUGUCCCUCAAGCCUCAUCCACCAUUGCUUUAGUUGUACCCCAAGCUUCUGAUACGCUCGGAUCCACUACCGGACCCGAGGCCUCUGCUUUACCUGAAGUCUCCACCGAACCUCAAGUUUCUACCACACCUGAAGCCUCCACUGAACCUCAGGUGUCUGCUGUACCCGAAGCCUCUGGUGUACCCGUAGCUUCUGUCGUACCCGAGGUCUCUGCUGUACCUGAAGCAUCUACAGCUGCUGUACCUGAAGCUUCCGCUGUACCUGAAGCUUCCGCUGUACCUGAAGUUUCUGCUGUACCGCAGGAGUCUCCCCCUAGCGACGUUACUGAAGAAUUGCCUGUACCUACCGUCACUCUUGGAAUCGCUGAGGGUGACAUACCCGUUCCGGCUUCUAGUACUGCUGUGGUCGCUGUGGAGGUACCCGCCGUUUCUGCAUCCAGUGAACCACAGACCGAACCUACAGAGACUGUUGUUCCGGAGGCUACAGUCCCAGAGACUGUGAAAAGUGUCGACGUGGUCCAACCUAGGUUUCCGGAGCCUGCUGUUCUACCAACACUUCCAGAACCUAUUGACGGGACGAUCGCUCUCCCCCCAUUUUCAGGAGCCGUGGCCGAUUACCCCGAGGACGGUAGUUUGCCAUUCCCAAUCCCGCCCCUUGACUUCCCGCCAAUUGCAACGAAUAUACCUCUUCCUCUUGUUUCAGCGGUCCCGCCAAUUGCGACGAAUGUGCCUCCUCCCCUCGUUUCAGCAGUCCCACCAAUUGCUACAAAUGUCACUCCCCCACCGAGUGGGGCCAUCCCUGAUGAUCCACCCCCAGGACGACCGGGGAAUGGAAACAACAAUAUCAAUAGUAAUACCAACAUCAACAACAACCAAAAUUCCAACGUAAACCAGAAUGGCAACGGUGGUCCUGGUGGUGGGCGGCCCGGUGAUGGCUUCCCAGGCGGGCACCCUGAAGACGGCGGCCGUCCUGAUGGCGGGCGCCCCGGUGAUGGUUUCCCCGACCACGGACGCCCUGGUGACGGCUUCCCAGACGGCGGACGCCCGGGCGACGGAUUCCCAGGUGGUGACGACGGUCGUCCUGACGGCGGAUUUCCAGGCGGUAAUGACAACAGUAAUAGCAAUACCAACAUUAACAGCAACCAGAACAUUAACACAAACCAGAAUGGCAUCGGUCAUCCUGAUAACAGGCCAGGAGCUGGUCCUGACAAUGGGCCUGGUGUUCUUCCAGGCAGUCCUCCCAAUGGUGAAAUUGGUGGCCCAGGUACUGAAAAUAACAAUCAAAAUACCAACAUAAACCAAAAUACAAACACCAAUACCAAUACGAAUGGAAACACAGCCAGGAGAGAUAUCGAAGCUGGGGUUCCAAAUGUUGUUGCAGAUGUAGAUUUCGAUGAGAUGGAGUUAGAUGAGGAUUUCUACUCAUUGGUAAAGCGUCAUGAGGAGGAGAGCAUCAAGAAGGCUGCGGGUUCUCACCUCGAGUUUAAGACCUAUGAGAUGAUUGCUGCUAUUGCGGCAGUCAUGAUGUUGAUGUAA